AUGGAUUCAUGGGAUGACGAUGAGUUCGAAGUACCGUCGGUGACGCCUGUAGCGGUUAAUUGGGACGAUGAGGAGGAGGAGGAAGAAGCGGAGACGGGAGUGGAUGAUAAAACGGAUGUAGUUGCUACAAAGGGACCACUUAAACCUAAACAGCUCAAGAAAAUAAAGCUUAAGGAGAUCGAGGAGAAACAAAAUAUGGAGAUCGCCCUUACGAAGGCACGGCUUGCAGCGCAAAUUGAUGAGACUGAUGACCAGCGUCGUGCUCGCGAGAAGGCUUCUAUUGAGGAGGCAGACUUUGAGAUGGCAAUUGAUGCGUUUGCUGGUGCUCCGCCCAAGCCGGCGAUCGGAGCGACGAAUGAUACCGACGCUACUAUCUCGUCUAUGCGGCUCCUCUCGCUUGCUGACCACGAACACUUGGGUGACGUGGUGUCAUCCCGUUUAGCAAUGUCUAACUCAAAAAUGAAAAGAUUUUGGCUGCUAAGCCGAAAGCAAAAAAAGAAGCAGACUGGCAAGCAGGGAUACACUAAAGUCGAACGUAGUGUCGGGAAUGGUGCUGGCACUGGAGGCAAGGCUUAUGCCGGUUACGAGGACAAUUAUGACGACUACGAGGACUACGAUGACUUUAUGUAG